UAAAGUCAAAAUUAGCAUCACCGCUGUCAGAAGCCAUUGUUGACAUACGGAUUGCGCGCUUGCUGGAUAAAACCCCGGUUCGUCUGCAGAAAGUGCAUGGAAUUUAAUGGUUUUCGCGCAAGUUUUAUGCUAUUAGAGUCAGAAUAUCGUGUAGUGUAUCAUCCAGUCGAGUUUGCUGGUUAUGGUGCAUUUUGUUGAUUUUGUGUCGUAAAGAAACUACUGUCGGAACGGGUUGUACGUGUGCCGUAUUGUGUUGCUUACAUUGCCAAAAUGAGCACACUGGAACGCAGCUUGCAGGUUUUGGAUGAAUCUACGGUGCACUCCAACCGCGGAUUGCUCCGAUCCAAGGAGUCGGUGCGUUACUUGCAGCAACACCACUCCCUGGAACAGCGUCAGUUGGGAUCGUCCUUGUUAGGGGACAGCAUGUUGGAUUCCGUGCAAGACGUUGGCAUGUUUCGAAUGGCUGAUUCCGAUCGCGGUGGUCCACUGUCCGGCAGCCAGAUGAGUUUGGUUGCAGGUAGCACGGUUAGCUACACCAAUGCCAACAUACGAGAAUGCACCAAGCAGCUAUGUGAAGAGUUCCUACAGGUGGUGCAGCGGUACAAGAACGCAUCGGACGUGUUCGAUGCGAUGGAUGAGCUGAUUAAAUCGUUAGAUGAAACACUUGUGCAGAUUAACCAUACGGCCAAGCAGCUGCUACCGGCAGGCCGCGAGCGCCAUCUGCAUGCGGAAGAGAUGUGGUUGAAUGCCGAACGCGAUACGUGGAGAUUGAUGGCUUGCCUGUAUCGUGAUCGAAUGGUAACACAAAAGCAGGACAACGAGAUGGAUGAUUUACCGCUGGUCAACAGUGAGCAAACGAUUAUCUCGCAUCUUUACGUGGGCAAUGCAAAUCUCCGCGAAUAUCAGAUGAUUGUGGAUUGGUUGGAGCAGAUGGCACUGUACCAGAAUCAGGCCGAACUGAGCCACUACAUGAGCCGUACGGUGGCGUGGGAAAACACACUCCAUCAGAUGCUGCAAGUGGGCCAGACGGCAUUCGGAAGUGGACGUCCGUUGGUGAAGAGUCUCGAUCCCGAUGCACCGAUCCGUGAAAAGCGUGCACUGCACGAUCUCGAUAUGGAAGAUCAGAUGCAGCUAGCCAAGCAGGUGUUUCUCGACAUUCGCCAAGGACGGUUAAAGGAAGCACAGAUAAAGUGCGAAAACUAUGGCCAGGCGUGGAAGGCAGCCAUGCUCGAAGGAUGGCGCCUUCACCAUGAUCCAAACUACGUAGGGGAGAAAGACUUCCGCACACGGGAAUCCAUCGACGGUAAUCCGAGACGUGAUUUGUGGAAAAAGUUCGCUUGGCAGAUGGCGGAAAGCCGUAUGCUGGACCCAUACACGAAGGCUACGAUUGGAUCACUGUGCGGGCAUCUGGAUUCGAUGGUGGACGUGCUGUCCGAACACUCGUGGAAUGAUGUGCUGUGGGCGUACGUGAAGAUUCAGAUAGACAUUCGGGUGGAAAGUGAAAUACGGUCACACUGCAUCAAGAGCUAUCUACCCAUGCCGGAUCGGUACUGGAACGGAAAGAAGUCGCUGGAACAAAUCUUUGAUGCGCUCGAGGCACACAAAAACGUGCGCAUCUGUAUGGCGGCGAAGGAUGUGGAUAAGGUGAUCCAGAAGUACAUUAUGCUGGACGACAUUCCCGAGCUGAUGCGUAUCGUGGACGGAUGGUUGGAGGGAACGGAGGUGGUGCUAAUCCCCCAGAUGUUACGUUUCUUGACACACUUCGUAAUGUUUCUACGGCAGAUUGGAAAGACCUUCCAGGAGGACAUUGGAGACCGGGUGGUGAAGCGAUACGUGGAGUAUCUGAUAACGCUCGGUGUGCCACACAUGGUGGCGUUCUAUACGGCCGCACUGCCACCGAACAUGCAGCUACUGCUGUACUCACGCUUUCUCGAAACCAUCAGCGACAGUCUGCAGAGAAAGCAAGCACUUGAGGAUGCGUACAGCUUCGGUUUGGACGUGCCAACCAUCACGGUGUAUACGGUGGAACGGUGUCGUAUGAUGGAACCCGAAACCGAUGAAUCAGCACCGACCGCUUCGGGCAAGCUGACCGAGUUGGACCAGCAGAAGAUUUUCUCCCUCGAAUGGCUUACCUUCUAUGCGGAGCAACGUGGUGAACUUUUGUGGCAAACCAACAGCCUGAUACGAUACUUCCUGGCCCGGCGCAGCAUCGAAGCGGCCCGGAAAACGUUUGCCGUUAUACCGGCAGACACAAUGGAGCUCAUAUUCACCCACUACGGUUCGAAGGAUGAUAUUCCGUGCCGGGAGGAAGUGAGCAUUCGCGAGUAUCUCUGCUACCAGACAUAUCUCGCUGCCAUUCAGGGGUACAACGAUUGGUCCCACAUUUUCUACAACGGCAAACCGAAACCACCGCCGGUGGUAAAGAUAUCGAACUUUACGGAACGCGUCACAUCCGAACAUCGAGAAGAAACGUACCGGAAGGAGCUGAGCAAUUGGGAGGCACGUAUUGCCGACGUGACAACUUUAACGCGCGAUCUGCUGUACAAUGUGCUGCUGUUCCCGGAGGCGGGUUGGCUAGUGGAUACGGACACGAUGAAACCCAUCCCGGAGGAAGAUGAAGAUUGGCAAAACCGGGCGGUACAGAUGGAAAACUUACGGAAACUAUGCAUACCGGAGAUAGUGUUGCUGUUGCACCAGCUGCACACACUGACCGAUCGGCACAGUGAGAAUCUGUUGCUGGCCGAUGUGCUUAGCUCGGAAUCGCGCAAACUGUACAGCGUCUUUCCCAAACACAAGCUAGCGGAAACGCUAACAAAGAUCGCCGAAUCGUCACUAACGCUUAUGAACAACCGGAAAGACCCUUUUGUUGGUGAAAGUGCGAAGAAGUAGCGAUUUACAUCGAGUUUUGUCCCGCUGCAUUUACUAAAAUUCGUUUGUUUUUUUUUCCUUUAAUUUCUGUCAUGUUUGAAUAAAAUGAUAAGUUAUAAACUAAGCAAAACAGUAAGUAAAAAUGAAGUUGUUUUUUUUUUAUUUAAAAUUGUGAAAAUGAAAAAGUUCUAUGUUCGAAAGACAACGAACCACUGGAUUGUAACGUAGUGUGCGUGCGAACGCACUGAAGGGGGGGCGCGAGCUUAUCAUUUUGACAGCUGCGUUGAAGCUCUCCACCGGAUUCUCCAUUUCGUAAACAUUGCACGCGCAUUCAGCUUCGUUCUGGCGUUUAAUUUACGUACAACAGUCAUUCGCAACGCAACAGUGCAGUGCAGUGCGCGUAAAGUGCAACAAAGUAUAAGAAUUUUCCCUCUCGUGUUACAGGAGUGUGUUACGGAAACAUUAAGGAAAAGAGCAAAGAGGUUUAAGACAAAUUUUUGUUGGCGUUUUCGAGCUUAAAAUUCACAUCCAAGUGUGAAUGAUUGUGCACGAUCCAAUGGUGUAAAGAAGAGGUGUGAGGUUAAGAAAUAAUCUUAACAAUAAGUGAAGCAUUCCUCACACUAGUCGAGACGACGAGUUGAUGAUCGACGGGGUGUUAGUGUGAAACGUGAAAAAGGGAGAAUUAAAAAAAAACAAGUGACAAAUUUCGCUAAGAAAGCCGAUAUAAUCAAUCACAAAUUGCACAAGUGUCGCAAGGGAAGAGUGAAC